CGGCCUAGCGCGUUGGGGAGCAUCGACACCCUCUCCCCCUCCCCCUCUCUCUGCCGGAUCCUGCUCCGCCCUCAUCACAACAUGACUGACGCCCAGGUCUCAGAACAGUCCUCCGCCGCCGGUGGCAUGCUUGCCUUUGACUCGGCCACCAUCGCUACCUACCUGCAGACCUUCCACAUUGAGCUGCUGUUGAUUCUCUUCCUGGCCGCCUACGGGGCCUUUUACCUUCGCGGCAACAGCCGCAACCAGCAUCUGGCCCACACCUAUGCCAAGGCUCUCUUCUCCUCCUUCAAGAACCAGUUCGCCUACUUCGGCGAUGGCAAGGGCCACCUCUUGAUCCAGGACAGCCCCUCGCAGUACUGGUUCUAUGCCUCCGGUCGCGUGCACUUCGAGAGCCUGGCCGUGGGCAUCCAGCUGAAGCGUCGCAUGGACAUCGUCGGUCUGCUGACUGAUGAGGUGACUGCCGCGUCGCAUGACCGAGUGGUCUUCACUGCCCAAGUGUCCGCCGAGGCGGCGCCGAAGUUUGUGCUCCUGGCCGGCCACACCAAGCGCCUCGCGGCCCUUAGCCAGGAUCGUGGCGAUGUGGCCUCCUUCGCCGGGCGCGGCCCGGUCAACUCCCGGAAGCUGGCCGGUCUGGAGGAUCUGGCCAUCCUGUGCGAGUCGACCGCCAUUGCGGAGGCUCUCUUCGAGCCGGCCGGCGUAAUUGACGCAGUGGCCGGUCUGCUGCGUGAUGGGGCCCUGGUGUCGCUGCACAUCUCGGACCAGCCGUCGGUGGCCUUUGACGCCAUGCCCAAGGGCACUCCCCCGCGCCUGCAGGUGACCAUGGUCAUGAACCUGAUCCCCGAGCUGCGUGCCGGCCAGUCCGAGGCCGAGGCCAUUACCAAGGCGGCCACCACGGCCGGCGAGCUGGCCAUCUAUCUGGUGGACCGCAUUGCCACCAUGGACCUCCCGGCUAAUGUUGUCUCGCAGCUCGCCAAGAAGCGCACCGCCGUCACGGACGGUCUCCUCCACAAGGAGCGCCAGGAGCAAUCCCAAGCCCGGCGUCAGGAGCGCAUCGACGCCCAGCUGGAGCAGGCCAAGUCCCAGGGGGGCGAUGCACUGGAGAAGCUGGAGAACAAGCUGAAGAAGAAGGAGCAGAAGAAGAUGGUCAAGAAUCUGAAGGUCCGCUGAGGGAGCAGCCCAUGCACGCCUCUGCGCACAUGGGCGUGCGUGUUGCCUUGCCUCUCCUCGCCGUGGGGCACCAGGUCGCUCGCGGUGGCCCGGCUCCGCCGUUUGUAUGACACCCACCCGAUGGGUGGGAGACGAGCGAGGGGAAAUGUGGGCGUAUGCCUUUCUUGCCCUCCCCGCCCAUGGUGCCGAUCAAGCGUGCCAGGCGGCAGAGGGGGGAGGGGGAUGGGAAGAUCAUCCCCAGCCCCCUUAUGUGCAAACACGCAUGCCGUGUUUCCCUCUGUGCCGUGUGUGUGUGUGUGUGCGAGAGUCAAGCACAGAGGCAAAAUAGACAGUCAAAAAACAUUGAUCUUGUCACAUAUCCGUAUCCGGCGGAAUGGUAUUAUCGUGCUUCAUACCCGAAAGCGAAAUUUGAUCCUGCCACAUCGUGCUCAAGUUUGUUUUAUUUCAAAAAUAAAAAGGCUCAAAUAAACAUCAAUGAUUCUCGGGUCAAAAAAGUUUACAUGAACGUAGUCGAUGCCAGUUUGUUCGUGUGUCG